AAGAGGACAAAAUGGGGAAGCGAAUGAGAAGAGAGAAGUCCAUUUGCUGCUGCAACUCUCCUCUCGCUGGUUUCUCCUGGUAUGAAGAAGACAUAUGGACAGAGAUUGCAAAGCACCUGGAUGGUAAAUCUCUGGUGAUGCUGGGAACAACAAAUAAGUGGUUCCACUGUCUGAUCAUGGAGGACAGUAUAUGGAAGUUUGCUUGUCUGCGUGAUCUCCAGCUACCAGAACCACAACACACAUUCCUCAAUUGGAUCAAGCUUUAUGCUUCUGCUUUCGAUGGAAGUCACUCUUUCAUGUUCCGUCAGCGGGAGAAACAUAUUGAUUGGAUGCGAAUCGGUGCUUUUUUCCUUGAUUCACCCAUUGCGCUCCUAGCUGAGAAGCUGAGUUGCCCCUUGAAAAUCCCACAAGGUGAAAACUUAGGGAAAACAUUGGAGUCAUGCGGCUUCUGCAUAUUGAACAAUAUCAAAACGGGGAUCUGGAUAGCUGAUCUACAACUUGUUAGAUGCCCUGUCUGUGACCUCAACACAUGUGAUGGAACCAUGCAGACAUUAGAUGCUAGGCAUAUAGAACUCUUCCUAAGUGAGGGCUACAGGGAUGGGAGCUGGGAGUACCAGAUAAUAGGAUCUCAUGACAUCAAAAAGCAUGCAGAUGGAGCUUCUGCAGGCAUUUUUGAUAUCAAACACCUCAAUGAUUCUUCAACGUCUGAGAUCUUUAAUCUCAAGUCAUGGGUAGGGAAACCCAAUGAUUGGCAACCAAAGGCUAUGAUAACCCUACAUGCAGUUGCAAUCAACACAAAUUUACAAGAGAAUGAAGGUCUUCAUGUAAAAUACCAAGCUAUGAAAGCUGGGCCUGAUGGAGAAGUUGUUUCUCUGAGAAUCUCACAGCAGCUCCUGUAAUUCUUCUUAAAUCAGAUAGAAAUAUACAGCUUUUUCUUCAAGGCUUAACGAAGAAGCCUUUUUGACAUUUUAGUAAAUAAAUAUACCUCACAAAUAAAUGAGUUCUGUAUACAUGCAUAUCAGUUAAGAGACUGUUAUGUAGUCAACUUCAUAAAGAAAAUACAAAUAUUCAGUUGUUUCA